AUGGCUAGCACAUGUUGUGAGCUCUCUUGGUUGCGGUGUCUAUUACAAGACUUGCAACUAACACAUUCAAAACCAAUCACACUACCUUGCGACAACCAAGCUGCAUUACAUAUAGCUGCUAAUCUGGUUUUUCACGAAAGAACAAGGCAUAUUGAGAUGGAUUGCCAUUUCAUCAGAGACAAGAUCCAAGAUGGUUCAAAAGUUACAAAACAUGUUUCUUCCUCACAACAGGUGGCGGACAUCCUGACAAAGCCUUUAGGAAAAGAAGGAUUUUCAACAAUGCUGUGCAAGUUGGGAGUUCUUGACAUCCACUCUCCAACUUGA